AUGUUUGAAUGGGCAUUUGGGAAGAAACUAACACCACAAGAACGACUUCGGAAGAAUCAAAGAGCACUUGAUAAAACUCAACGAGAAUUAACUCGAGAAGUUAAUAAGCUUCAACAACAAGAAAAGAAGUUGAUUAGUGAUAUUAAAAAAUCAGCUAAAGCAGGACAAAUAUCAAGUGCUAAAAUUCAAGCUAAAGAUUUAAUCCGUACUAAAUCAUAUAUUUCAAAAUUUAAUUCUAUGAAGACUCAGUUACAGGCUAUUUCAUUAAGAAUUCAAAGUGUUCGAUCAAAUCAACAAAUGGCCAUGUCUAUGAGAGAUGCAACUAGAGUAUUGGGUGGAAUGAAUAGAUCAAUGAAUAUGCCACAAUUAUCAAGAAUAGCUCAAGAAUUUGCUAAAGAAAGUGAUUUAAUGGAUCAAAAACAAGAAUUUAUGGAUGAAGCUAUAGAUGAUGCUAUGGCAGAUGAUGAAGAUGAAUUGGGUGAAGAAGAACAAAUUGAUGAAAUUUUAGGUAAAGUAUUGGACGAAAUUGGUGUGGAUUUAAAUACUACUUUAAAAGAUACUCCUACAGGAAUUGCUAAUAACGAACAAGCUGCUCCAAGAGUUGCAGAAGCUUUGGGUGCAACUGGUGGUGGUAGUGGUGCGGCAGAUGAAGAUGAUUUACAAGCACGUUUAGAUAGUUUAAAAAAGUAG